GUGAUGUAACCUGAGCAGCGUCUGCAGGUGAUCAAUCAAUACUCAGGCUAGAGUUUGUGCUUCACUCAAGCUCAAUCACUUUAAUAUAUAGUUUACGGAUAGAGGUCUGUGCGUGUGAGCAACACGAUGGCUGAAGAUGCCUUGUUUGCCAGUGAUUACGAUGGUCCAUGUCCUCUGUGUGAAGAGGAUGAGCAGAGAGGGUAUUGUAGAUACAGAAACACCGAGCAAGAGAAUGAGAGAGAAAAAAACAGUGAUGGAGAAGAGGUGGAAGACAAGGAGUCACAGGAGUUCAAGAGGGACGCUGAGGUGAAACUAGAGAAAUUAACUGAGGAGAAUUGGACAGUAGGUAAAGAACCUGAAGAUAGGAAAAUAGAGACGGACAAGGAAGAAAACAAAACUGAAGAUGUCACACAGAAAAAUGAAAAAGGCACAGAAGAUGACGAAGAGACAAACAGGAAAGUAGAUAAUGUAGAAACGGAUGAAAAAUAUAACAAAGAUGAGCAGGAAAGUACAUUAGGUUUCAAAAAUGAUGAAACCGAGACAGUUGAUGAUGAUGCAGAGGCAAGCGACUUGCUGGUGCCCCCUCUGGAGGAUGACUGUUUUUUGCAGAUGGGCCCAGACUGCACCAUAGACCUGGUGAUGGUGUGUGAUCAGUCGGUGGAGAGAUGUUUGAAUGAAGACCUUUUGUUAUGCCCCCCCAAAUCUUCAGAUCUCCCCCAGCAGCCCAGACCGUUAUCUAUCACAUUACCCCCUCAAAAUACCACAGUACUUCCCUUUCAGCCCCAGUCUCUACUUCAACCUCACCUCCCACCACAGGCCCAGCUGGAGGUCCCAUGCUUGGGCAAACGGCCCUAUAGAAGCAGGACCGAUGUACCCACAGGACAGCUGGAGGUGACGCUGCGGCAGGUGUACAGCACUCGCCGCUACACCCGUUUCGCCAGCAGAGUGGCCCCUUUUAUACCUCUGGCCUCAGUUGGUGGAGAAACCAGCAGUCAGGCUUUACCCUCCAUCAGCAUGGAUGCUCCUCUAAUGCCUCCAAAGAAGAAAACUCGCACCUUCUACAGCACCGAUCAGUUGGAGGAGCUGGAGCGUGUGUUUCAGGACGAUCACUACCCUGACGGAGACAAGAGAAAGGAGAUCGCUGCCUCCAUCGGUGUUACGCCCCAGAGAAUCAUGGUGUGGUUUCAGAACCGUCGAGCCAAGUGGAGAAAAACAGCAAAAGCCACAGCAAAAAAGCCUCCUGCUAGUCAAGGUCAACCUUGUGUCCAAGUCAACAGGCCACCAGUUUUCACAGCUCCAGCUGUUACAUCUCAACAUGCCAAGCCUGGAAACACACUUCAUCCCUACAGUACCAUCCGGACCAGCUGCAUCAGUCCACCAGGUCCAGCUUGUGUUGAUGUGGCACCUUGUGUGUCUGAAGGAGGCUUUUUGGAGUACAUGCCCCCUCCUAUGCACAGUCCUCCUCCGAUACGGCGUGCUUCCUUGCCUCUUAUCACGGCUUACAACCCCCCUACUCACACCGUGUCCCUGCUGCUGGACACACCUGAACACAGUGAGCCCAGCUCCGCAGACACAACGCCGCUGAGUUUGCAGACUGACACGGGGUUUGACUAUGACGGCUUGGGCACCUCUGUAAAGCUGGACUACAUGACGUGUGCUCCACAGAACAGCGCUCUAAAUUUCCAGCUCAACACAUUUCCUCAACAGACAAAUAAUCUCCUACCUCAGCAAACAAACACUCUGUUACCCCAAAAGUCCAGUUGUCUUAUGUCCCAACAGUCCAGCACAAUAUUGCCCCAGUACUCACACCUGUCGUACCUCACUCCCUCUCCUUACCUUACACCCAACCCCACAGAGAGCAGCAGCACUCUGCCUGCAUACACCAGCAGCGGACAUGCGUAUCUCCAGUCUCAAACCGGCAACCAGAUGCUGCUACAGUCAGGAGUUCAUGCAUUUCAGGCCUACCCUUGGACAAAUGACAUGUAUGGUCAGUCGGGUCAGUAUACACAGGCAGUAUUUCGGCCACAGUUAUCAUCACAGGGUCACGAGAGCCAAUACUCCCAGCUCCUGCCCCAGCAGCACUACGUUCAGCUCGACGGAGCGCCGCCGCAGCCCAGCCUACCCAAACCCACCACUGACCCCCUGCUGCCCAAUGUCAAAGUAGAGUCUGAAGACAUGGGCCAUGGCCAGCCAAUCAGAGGCAGUGAGGCAGAGCCUAAUUUUCAUUGCGAUUUCUCACCGAUCAACUUUUAACAACAGCAGGGUACUGACUGUGAAGAUCUGCAAAUGUUCUUUUCUUUGUUUGUUUGUCUUCUGUUUUUUGUUGUUUUGUGCAGGAGCUAUUAAAAUGCUCUUUC